AUGCAGGUAGGCGACAACUCGAUAAUUGUAUUGCCCUUUGAGGUUGUUCUGGAAAGGGACACAAAAAGAGGCGAGAUAACGCUGCGAAACGUUACAACGCGAGACUAUGCUUUCAAGAUAAAAACCACGCACCCCACAAGCUACAAAGUAAAACCGUCGAUCGGAAUGCUGCCAGGGGGCGCCGAGCAGAUUGUGUGUAUCGAAAUGCACACAAAGCAGGAGUCUCCUGUUUUAAAAGACCACAAGUUCCUGCUGCAGUUUGCAGAAAGCAUGCAAAUACUCACCGAAAAAAGCCUCAAGCACAUAUUCCAAGUAAAGGGGGUAAGAACUGUGGAGCAGAGGCUGGACGUGCGAUACUCUGACGCUCUCUUGGGCCGGACCUUGGACAUGCCGCAGCGCAUAGGCGAAAACUUUCUUGCGUGGCUCGCAGGCCUGUUUGUUUUCUAUGGCAUAUGCACUCUGGUUAAAAAGCUGCUGUUUGGGGACUGA